AUGCUGGACGACUUUUCUAAUGAUUCGAGUCCGGAAGAUGCCUGCGACGACUCGGCACUGCUGCUGGGUGCCCUCCCAACGCAAUCCUCUGACAUUUUCACUCCCGGCGCGGCCUUCUCUGCUUCUCAGGCGCAGUUCUCGUCUCAGCCAUCUCAGCAGCAGCCUUUUCCGUCCACAGCAGAUUCGCAACCGCAGCAGUGCUCUCCAGCACCGCUCACCGUUGCUCAGGCCAACACCCCGUUUAUUUUAAAGAGUCAGCCAGUGAAGCCAACCACGCCGUUUUCCAAGUUCUCCUUUGCCCUGUCCCAAAAUCUCAACUUUGGUGGCGCCUCCGCCAAGAAAGCACUGGAUCUGGCCAACGACGACGCACUCUCUGACAUUGGCGCGCUCGAGCACGACGACCAGCAUCACGCUUUGGAUUCAGGCGUGCCGUUGAUGCCCGCCACCCCACACACCCAACAACCGCCGCCCUCGACGCUACAGCUCGCAGUGGACAUGGCAACGACGACGCCUGCGGCCAUGCGCUUCUUUGAUCUGUCCCACCACUCGGCAAACAACAGCGCGGCGAUUGCGGGAUUGUCUUCCGCUCGCACGGCUCUUCCGCCUGGCGUCGACUAUGACAGUGAUGCGCUCGAGUUUGAUGACAAUGACCAAACAGAUGCAGGGGAGCAUGCCGAUUUCCCGUCCACCCCGCCUCCACGCGCUCCAAACGAAAGCGGUGACGGUGCCACCACCCUCUCUGCCGGUGCGGCCUGGUUCAAGCUGACCGACCCAGCGAGCAGCAGCAGCAGCAGCAGCUUUCGAACGCCUCGCAAGGACUACCAUGGCGCGAGCGGCGUGGACGCUUCGGACAUGUCACCCAGCAGCUCGCACCGCCGUAAGCGCGUCCAGCUUGUGCCAGCGGGGUUGGCCGAGCGUCUCGAAAAACUGGCUCUUGCCGAACGGUCCGAGCUUUCCUUCUGGCAGUACAACAACCGGCGCAUGGCCAGCGCGACAGCGUCUGCUUUGGGACCGUCAUUCACCUCUGCCAUGCAGGCCGCCGUUCCGAGCGUGCCGCUCGAAGAUUUGCUUGUCGUCGAGCUGCUGCAAGACUUUGUUCAAUGCCACUGCUACUUUGUGCGAUGCAAGGUCGUCUCUGGCACGACGCGUUCGCGCGUGUUUACCGUGAAUCUGGCCAACAAGCUCUCGACUGCUGCUCCUUCUCAGCCCUCUCAGCAGCUCUCGCAGCAGUCUUUUGCGGUGGUGGACAUUUUGAUGGACUUGGUGACGUGUCGACGGUUGUCCUUGACCCUCGGCAGCAAGCUUGAGCUGCAUCCGCCAUGGCAAGUGUGA